GAAAUAAUUUUCCAUGUCGCCUUCUUCCAGAUUGGUUUUGCUCAUCAAAAUUCUCAACUUUUAAUUUUGAUGGUUGCUGCACGGUCUUCAUGGUAUAAAUGUAUAAAAGCGCCUCACAACAAUCAUUUUAUAUUAUUCUCCAUUGGUAUGCGAGAGUGUAUAGAUGUUGCGCUAUAAGGGAGGAGGUUUGCUUAAUAAAUUAAUUAACAAAUUACCAUUUGAAGCUCAUAUUCCUGGUUAUCAAUAUUGUGGGCCUGGUACCAAAUUGCAAAAAAAAUUAGAGAGAGGUGUUAGCGGCAUUAACAAAUUGGAUGAUUUUUGCAAAUUUCAUGAUAUUGCCUAUGAUACGUAUACAGAUAUAAACAAGAGACACGAAGCAGAUAAAAUUUUAGCAGAACAAGCUUGGAGUAGAGUUAAAAGUAAAGACGCCACCUGGAGGGAAAAAGCUGCUGCCUGGGCUGUUACUAAUAUUAUGAAGGGUAAAGUAAAAACUGGAUCCGGUUUAAAAACAAAGAAAAAAACGAAUGUUGAAACAAAAAAAGGAGGAAAGUUACUAAUUGGUAAAAAGAAAAUUGAAAAAUCAAAGAAAAAGAGUAAAAGAAUUAUACCAACUAGAAAAAUUGGAGGUGCUCUUCCAUUAGCUCUAAUCCCUGUAAUUGCAGGUGCAGUGACAGCAGUAUUAGGUGGCGUUAAAACUGUAAAUGAUAUAAGAAAUUCUAAAAAAGCAUUAGAAGAAACUAUACGUCACAAUAAAAAAUUGGAAGAAUCAGCUGUUAAAGGGCGGGGUUUUUAUUUAAGACCAUAUCAAAAGAAGAAGAAACCUUAA